AUGGAUGCUCACGGCGCGGAAGCCUUCACUGCAAUGGCCAAUAUGCUGAUCCAACUGGCUGAACAUGACCCUCGCUGGCGUGUUAUAGAGCUUUUCACAAUCGUGACAGCGCUCCAAGAAGGACUGCCAGCAACUCUACCACAAAAUGCGAUGGAGUUAGGCGAUUUUCGAUUCUGGCUCAACCUCCAGAAACGGGCGGCUGAGCACCUUGAAAUCGAGAAAGCGGUUUCGUCCGGUAGAGUCGCCAAUGAGCGAUCGCAGCAACAGAAAAUAGCUGUAAAGCCUGCAGACCACGACGAUGACACCAAUGGUAAUGUGUCUGACGCUAUCUCGGACACAUCGUUCACACCACCAAAGAACCUUGGAAAACACGUCCAGUUCGACAAACACGGCCGACGGCACAUAGUCCUACCGCCUCAGCCAGCUGCUCGCACGCCCUACGUGAAACGAGUCACCCAGAAUGCGGCAAGGGGGCAACAGCAACUCGAGCCGAAGCCUGCCAAGCUCACUUUUGAGCGAAAAAGAGACUUCCACAAGCCAUCGGUGGAAUAUAGCGGUAUCUCACUUGCUGUGAAGGCAGCUCGCGCCGACAAGCCCAAGGAGACCGAAAAGCACAAGAAGAAGAAGAGUCACUCCACUGGAAAGCAAGUCCAACAGAAAUGUCUCCUCGGCUUGUUGCAUCAACAUUCACCAACAGAUUCCAGACAUCAUAAAUCUUCUAACCACGCGUCGUCAGGCGACCAGGCAACGGCUGCGACAGGAGAGGCAGCACAGGCAACACAAUCAAGCGGCGACAAGAAGCCUGUCACUCUCUGGUACUCGCGUUUCAUGAAGGCCCUCUUCGAGCAGGAGGAAGACCUUCUAUUCUCUGGUCGUUGGCCCAUAAGCACUUUCUGAGUGGCCUGGCUGCUCGCUAUGGGCUCGGUGACUCUCUACUCAUCAAAACCACUUGUACAACGGAAGGAUACAGCCCAAUACCACCAGCACGAGAGGUAGCACGCCGUCAGACCCAGCAGCUGCGCUGCUUUGCUGAUCCUAAUCUGUAUCCUUGAUUUCGGAUCUGUCACAUCAUUUCCCUGCCAUUUACUGCAGAGGUGUAUAGCAUAUUAGCGAUGACUGGCGUACAGCCUAUACUAUUUUUUUCGUUUCCCUUUUUUGUAUUUUCAUUUGUCUCAAUAA